AUGGAAAAAGAGCUUCUACAUGUUCAGGAGGAGGUUAGUUAUUUAGAUUUUAAAUUAGUUUUAAAAAGCUAAAGCUAGGGCUUUUGUUUGUUUCAUAUGUAUCGAUGUUUUUUAGCUGCUUUUUAAAAUUCAUAUAUCUUUAGAUGCUUAACUUUUUAAGUUUUAGGUAAAACGUAUUCAAUCUGUUACUGUUGUUAUUGGGCAGUUUUUGGAAGCUGUUGAUCAAGAUCACGCUAUUGUUGGUUUUGCAACUGGUAAGAAUGCUUUGAUACCUAAAUCAAGUUGAACAUGCAAGUUUUAUUUUAAUUUUUAUAUUUUUAGGUCCAAACUACUAUGUACGUGUGUUGUCUAUCUUGGACAGAGAAUUGUUGAAGCCAGGGUGUUCUGUUGCCCUUCACAAGUACUCAAAUGCUCUAGUUGAUGUUCUCCCACCUGAAGCGGACUCGAGUAUUCAGAUGUUGAGGCCAGAUGAAAAGCCAGAAGUCAGCUACUCUGACAUUGGUGGGUUGGACAUGCAAAAGCAAGAAGUGAAGGAAGCUGUGGAACUUCCGUUAUCACAUGGUGAAUUUUAUCAACAGGUAAAAUUUCGAUUUGAUUCCUUGGUUUUUAGGUAAUAAAAUAGCUUUGAAGAGCCAAUACCAGGGUUGGACGCAGGGCAGGGUGCCCUGUACCAUGCCCUACCACAGGGCAUGGUAGGGCAUGGUAUAGGGCAUGUUUCAAAAUUUUUUUACAGGGCAUGGUAGGGCAUGGUAUAGAUUGGAACAGGGCAGGGCACGGCCUAUGCCCUGCAUCACCCUGCAAAUGCCCUGUUUGUGUCAUAGUAAGUUUUGGCGGACGCUUCCGCCGAGCGGUCGAUAAUCGGCGGACGCCACAACUUGGUUAGUUUAGUAGCUAGAAACAUGUAGUUAAAUUCAUAAUUAAUUAUUUGUCAUGCGUUAAAAAUAAAAGCAUAAUUUUAAAAUUUUAAAAGUCGUAUUGAUAUCGACCGGUCGAUAAUUUUUAGUAUAUUUUAAUUGCAAUUUAUAUAUAUAUAUAUUCUUAUCGCUCUGUUGUUACAAAUUGUAUAUACAUUACAUUAGGUACAAUUCUAAGCAAAAAACAUUCCUUUUUUGUACAGAUUAAACAUUUAUAAAUUAUCGACCAGUCAAUAACAAUAUUGCUUACAAAAACAUAAAUUACUGUUUUAAUGUGUAGAUUAUGACAGAUAACAACUUGUGAACUUAACUACAUGUUUCUAGCUGCUAAACUAACUAAGCUAUGACGUCCGCCAUUUAUCUACCGCUCGGCGGAGGCGUCCGCCGAAAUACACCCAAAUGCCCUGUAAAUACCCUGUAAAUGCCCUGAUGCCCUGCAGGGCAUGGUAGGGCAGGGCAUGAAAUUGGAAUGCCCUGUACAGGACAGGGCAUUGCAGGGCACAGGGCAUGGCAUGGAAAUUUGCCAAUUCCCUGACCUGUGUCCAAGCCUAGCCAAUACUCAAAGUUUAAAUGUUUUGGCAGGGUUUAUACGUAUUCUGACUAUAAGUUUAAUAUUUUAUGCAGAGAUUUAUCCUAAAUACUUCAUUAUAGAUUGGUAUUGAUCCUCCACGUGGUGUCCUCAUAUUCGGUCCUUAA